CCCCCCCCUCGUUGCUUGGACUCUUCCAUUUCACAUCUGAAAAAAAUCUGAUAGUUGGGGAAGAGUUCUUCAUGUCUGGGACUGCUGUAGCCUCAGCACACAGAGCACUCUAGCUCCUGGAUCACAUCAGAUAAGGAAAUGGAUAAGAAAGAAGUGAAUGACCCUCUGAACAACGUAUCAUUGAUUAAAGAUGACCUGACCAGAUCAAACAUGGGGUCCUCAGGUGACUCACAAAAAAUAAUUCAACGCUUGAAUGAUGAAUUACGAGAGGCCCAGGAGCUAGCUAAUAAGGAGAAACAUAAGUUCAUGGACCUACAAGGUGUGCUUGAGGCAGAGAGGAAAGAAAAUAAAAAACAAGCUGAUGAAUCCUCAAAACAGAUAAAACAUCUCCACGGCCAGCUACAUCAGCUCCAAGAUGAGAUGGACAUUCUCAGGGAUCAGAUGGACGUCUCCUCCAAAUCACGUGACGAGCUACAAAGUGCUCGAGAUGAAGUCAAGUCACUGAAACGUGGCCUAGAGGCAGCGACUGCUGGGCGAGAUCGUGAUGUCGCAACUGUUCAGUCUAACCUGGCAACCGUCUCAAAUGAUCUGGAUAAGUGGCGUCAAACUGCCAACAAAUAUGAGCGCGAGAUUGACAACCUACAGCGUGAUUUGCAGCAGCAGAGCAACCAGUGGCAGAAAACUGCAGAAAUACAAGCUAGCGAGCUGCAGUCCAUGCAGGUGGAGUGUAACGGUCUUCAGAAGGAAUGUUCUGUCCUGCGAUCUGAGAAGCAGGACAUGGUGAACAAGCACCAGAAAGAAAAGAGCAGUCUGCAAAGUGAGUGUGCCUCUUUCAAGACAGAGAGAGAGGAACUUCUCAAGAGUCACCAGAAAGAGAAGACCAACCUGCAGAGUGAAUGUGCAGCACUGCGCACUGAGAAAGAGGCGGUGCUCCAGAAACAGCAGCAGCUGGAGAAGGACCUUGCCAGUCUACGUGGACAGAAUGCUGAGCUGAACAGCAGCCUCAGAGCCCUUGAGCAAUGCCAGCUAGAGAUGGAGACGAAGUUGCUGGCCCUGCAGAAACAGCACCAGGAGGAUAACAUCAAGCUGCAAACCCAACUGGAUGAAGCAGACAGCCGCAGCCAAGCUCUACAGAGAGAGUACGAGGAAGCUCAGACAGAGCUGUCAGACCUAAAGGAAAAGUAUGAGAAGACCGAGCAGGAAAAACAGUCUCUCGCAGAUCACCUUGAGGAGUGCAAAGCCAACAUGAACGAAUUGCAGGAGAAAGGAUCGAAGACUGGCCUUUUGCUGCCUGUUCAAGCCGUAGUCAUCGGCCUUAUCCUGGCUUUGCUGUUUUGGUGCUUCGGCGCAUUGUGGUAGUAAGAAACCCUGGAUGAUCUGGGGCCCUGUGGUUGCUGUGGCCAUAACAGCUGUGACUGCUGCUGUGCUCUUCAGGACCUGAGGGCAACUUCUUCAAACAUGCGCAUGCACACACGCACACAAGUGAAUCUGUGUUUAUCAUCAGAUAUUGAAACUGCCCCCUUACCAUAUCUGCACUAUUAAUUAGGAGGGCUCGUAUUUAAUUAAUUUUUAAGAUGCUCUAUUUUAGGAUGGAGAGACUUUAAUGAGGGAGUGUUGGUUUUCUGUGCAAAUCAGUAAGUUUGUACUGUAUGUUUGUUUUUUGAAGGAAACCGAGUUAGGUUGUAUGUUGUUUAUCAUUUUGACUCAUAGGAUUAUCCAUUAAUGAAUGUAAAAAUGCCCUACAAACUUAACUAAAUUUAAGUAAAUGUGACUUUAUUUUAGAUAGAUCACUUAGAGGUUGAGAAUCUCUACAUGUAGCACACCCAUGUUAUUGUCAGAAAAAUAAAAAUUGUCACAAUAACAGCUCCUUAUGGAUUAAAUGGCAUAGAUGGGCAACAGUGGAUGUUUGUGGUGGGCACUGCUAACAUUGUGUUGUGCUGAACUGUUAAUAGUGUGAAGAUGGGCAGAAGUUUACAGAGUGUAGAUGAACUUUAUUUGAUCUGAUAUUUGAGAGAGCAUCAUUAAACAUAAACUGCAGCAACUUGCCUUAUAAACAGUUUCUUUCAUUAAUUGGGUUAGUCUAGAAACUCAACAGUGUGUGUGACCUUAAUUUUCCUUCUGCUUUCCAUUUAAAAUUUGUGAUGUAAAUCCAUAAUUAAUAUGGAUCAUGCCUUAAUAUGGAUCAUUCUUAGCUCGAUACUUAUGCUAACGUUGUUAGCACCAUCUCCUUGCUGCCAUGGGACAGAAACUUUUUUUUUUCUUCUCUGGUUUCUAUCAAGCAGCCUACUUUUGUCUGUACAACCUUGGUACAGAGUCAAACAACUAAAAGAAGUUUGUUGUUCAAAAGUCUGCUUGUUAUUUCAACUGGAUGUUAGCACGGCAUAUGAUUUUUCAGCACUUGCAACGAGAGAAGUCACCCUCAAAAACUCCAGGAGGAGUUUCUUAACUGCACCAGAGAUGUUGGAGGUUCCCAUAGGGGCAAAUUCAGUAAUGGACUUGUCAUAUGAAAGAACAGAAGCAAAAGGAAUAUGUUUUACUGAAUAUUUCACUCACUGUCCGCCCUCUGGGGAAGGGGGUUCGGUCCAUAUACUGCAGUUUUGCCUCCCUCAUCCUACUGCGUUGCAGAUGACAUUUAAAAUAACCGGUUCACACUUGCACUAUUGGGAGACCUGAAAUGUUUCUCCAUGAUAUCACUCUUGUCAAGUAAACCCAAUGCUUCUCCUUGCCAACGGUACAACAUAGGAAAACACAGUAGAAAACAUGAACUGUAGCUUGAUAAAUGUCCAUUUUUAGCAUCAAAAGGUCAUAAUUAUAUUUCUGCCAAAAGGAGAAGUGAUUACAUUUGUGUUAUUUAUCUCAUUGUACAGUUUGCAAGUAAGUUUCAGUGUGACUUGUGAUACUGGCUAUAAUUGGAAGGAGAUUUCCCAUGUCUCCCAUUUAAAAAAUGACCAAAAGUAGCUCCAGACUACUUUAUGAUACUGUUUGUCUGAAACUCUAAGUGGCAACAUACUUGGAUGGUUGUUUUGUGCUUUGGUCAAACUGAUGUUGGGUGAUGUUACUGUCAUAAACAAAAAGCUGUUCGGUGUGAGUGAAAAGAAAUGGCAAGCUUGAGAUGCCUGGUGAAACCAUGGACUGUUAACAAUUAGCCUGGCCAGCCAUUCUAUUUCAUUUCCUAAGCAAUACAGGAAUUAGCCUGGAUCCUUUGGAAUCAACUAUUAUUUUCUAGGUUGGCAUUUUAAACAGAUGUAGAAGAAACUGCCUCCGGAUGUCACUGGAUAGACGUACAAGCAUGUGUUGAGGCAACCAAGCAACAGCAUUACAACUUCAGGGUCAAAGCCAACCCAGCAUUAAGAAAAGUUACAGUUCAUCAACUUAACACUAGGGGCUGGAUCCAAAAGCAUUUUAAAUGGACAGUUUUGUAGCGUAAAUAAAGAUAUUUACAGCCUUCUUCAAAAAA